UAGACGGGAAAGAAUCAAGUUAGUUUCACGCUUGUCGAGCCGCCAUUUCUGUUUUGAGGGAAUUUGACUGGCAGAGUGUCGAAGCCCUCCCAACUUUACGGAACUGUUUAGGAAUUUGUGCUUUAUGGAAACUGUGACAUACAAUCGGAUUAUGUGUUUGGAUUAACAUCGUAAUUAAUUUCCAUGUUUAAACUUCAGUGGAAGGAAUAAUUCCGUUGUGUCAUCAUCAUGGACGAUACACAAAGGCUCGGCGUAAUGCAUCCGCAACAAGGAGCUGUUAGUAUGUCAGCACCCGAAAAUAUGAUUCAACAGUAUAAUCUACAACCUACGGGACAAGAACCUUCAGAACAACGAAAACAGGAAAUCGGUGACAUUUUGCAACAAAUAAUGACGAUAACUGACCAAAGUUUAGAUGAAGCGCAAGCAAGGUGCCGAAAACACACGUUGAACUGUCAUCGAAUGAAACCUGCAUUAUUCAGUGUGUUAUGCGAAAUCAAAGAAAAAACGGUACUGAGUAUAAGGAAUUCCCAGGAGGAGGAACCCCCAGACCCCCAGCUCAUGCGACUGGACAACAUGUUAAUAGCAGAGGGUGUGGCCGGGCCAGAGAAAGGGGGUGGGUCAUCCGCAGCAGCUAAUGCCACGGCUGCAGCGUCCGGUGGCCAACCCGACAGUGCCAUAGAGCAUUCAGACUACCGUGCCAAACUGGCACAAAUUAGACAGAUAUACCACACAGAGCUGGAGAAAUACGAACAGAACGAUGGGUCAGAAAUCAAAAACUCAGACUACGAGGCAAAACUCGCCCAGAUUCGCCAGGUCUACCAAACCGAGUACGGAAAAUAUGAACAGGCGUGUAAUGAGUUUACAACACAUGUUGUCAACCUCCUACGAGAACAGAGUCGUACACGCCCCAUUGCACCCAAAGAAAUUGAGCGUAUGGUUGGAAUCAUACGUAAAAAGUUUGCUGCCAUUGAGAUGCAGCUGAAGCAGAGCACGUGUGAGGCUGUCAUGAUCUUAAGGUCAAGAUUCCUGGAUGCAAGGAGGAAGAGAAGAAACUUCAGUAAGCAAGCUACAGAGGUCCUAAAUGAAUACUUCUACUCACACCUAAGUAACCCCUAUCCCAGUGAGGAAGCUAAAGAGGAGCUAGCACGCAAAUGUGGCAUAACUGUAUCACAGGUUUCCAAUUGGUUUGGCAACAAGAGGAUCCGCUACAAGAAAAAUAUAGGUAAAGCACAAGAGGAAGCCAACCUGUACGCUGCCAAAACAGCUGCUGCGGCCGCAGCCGUGGGUCACGACGGGCAAGGUGGAGCUGCCGGUUACAACUUGGGAUCAUCACAAGGAGGCAUCGGAGGCCAGGGCAGUGGAAUGUACAUGAAUCUCAAUGGAGACAACUACCAAAGCAGCGAUAACUCGGUGAAUGCGUUGCGGCACGUGAUCGCCCAGACAGGGGGGUACAGUAGUGACAACCUACACAGCUCCUCCUCAUCAUCAAUGUACGACCAGCACAUGUCCUCGCAGCUACAGUAACUCAGCAUUACCGCAGGGAUAUCACAGCCAGGUACCAGCAUCCGGACUGCAGCCGACCGGGACAGCCUGUCACAGUCACCAGUGUUUCUUCAUCCAUAUAUGAAGGAAUAUUUGUUAGCUGGGAUACUUAGGUUCCACAAAUCAAAUUACUCCUCUAAUUGUUUUUAAUGCGACAAGCUUAUCGGUAUUUUAUCGAUGUGUUACCACACAUUUUUUGGCCAGAAAAGUUUUCAACCAAAGGCAUCCAUAUGUGGUGUUGCCGAGAAGUUAAUACUGUCAACAAAAUGCGACCUCACAUUGUGGGUCUGAAAAGUUUGUACUGUGAACCAAAAGCGCUCAGACUAACAGCUUCCAUUGUAUAACCCAUUGAUCACUGUAUUUUGUUACUAUAUGGUUACAGUCAUGUUGGAUUUUCAGCAUUGGAAGUCAAUUUAAAUCAAAACUAAUUAAACAUGGCAUUAGAAGCCGCAAAUACAAGAUCAUCAUAAAUUAUUAUUAAAAGUCAUUUUAAAACACAAGUACUGGGAAAGAUAAUACCAGGAGAACUCACUUUGGUUUCAGUAAAUUGCAGAACUUUUUUCUCUGUCCCACCAUUUUAUUGGGGGCUUAGAUAGUGAUUCCCAUGUCUGUCGCGUCCCCUCCUGAUGCGAUUCAUUGUCCUGAUACUACCGACUUCAUUUCAAAGCAGAAUUUCAUCAAAGUUCAUACAAAGAUCAAUUAUGGGGAUACUUUUCAAAGCUAAGGUUACUGCUGCUAUUAAAAAGUCAACCACACAGCCGAGGGCGCAUUUAUGUCUUACAGACGAUUUCUAGUUUUAUGUUGUAAAUUUAAGCUACAAUGUUUUGAGUUUUGAAAAAAUAAAAAUUAAACUCUGGAUAAUGAGUUUAGUACGAGUGAUAUAGAUAUUGUGAUGUAUCUAAAUGACUGGUAACUCUAGAACGGAUACAGUUUAUCCUGUACAGUAGUUAUACCUGAUUUGUUCCUAACCUAAAUUAUUCUGCCAAAAUCAGCUGUAAUUAUCUGUGUUAUUGAAUGUCUAGAGUUUACAUUUUAUCAGCCUCGUUUGAUUAGUUAAGAUGUGGUUGCAGCUAGAAUUGUAUUACAGAGUAUCAAGUUGUCCUGUUCUAUAGCAGUAAAUUACUUCUUUUUAACCUAAUUUACCAAAUUACUUUUGUUUUAAGAACACAAUUUAAAAAUCAGAUUUUAACAUGGUUAGUAUUUCAUGCACUUUAUGAUUGAUACAUUGCUGUCAUUUUUUGUAAGUGUAAGUUUCAGAUCAUUCAUGUUAUCGGAGCUAUUUAAACUGGCAAUCAUAGGUGGAUUACAUCACAGAUAAAUUGUUGACCCCGAGACAUUACCUUAGUGAUGACCUCUUCACCCUUGGGUUCACACUUUGUUCAUUUUGAGAUAUUUAUUUGUAGUGCCAAUAUUCAUUAGCAUAGCUGACUCUGUGUUGGUGUUUGACUUUGUUCAUUAGUGUAGCAGUUCACUUUCAUAUCUUCCUACAAAAGAUUCUGUUGGAAGGGAAGCAACUCUGUUUAGAAUCAUAGAAAGGGAGAUAAAUCUUGUUUGAAGAAGACAGUUAUUUUAAAAUCUCUGGUAACUAUUGUUAUAACCUCUACAAAAUAAUUUGAUAAUGAAGUAUAACAAGGGCCGAGACAUGGGUAGCUUUCAGGCCGUGCAGUUUCAGGCUAGUGUUUGACUGUAGGGUUGGUGAGGUUACUGGGAACACUUCACUGUGCAGACCUGUGUGUCUGAUAGGGUUACAAUGCACAUUGUACAGAAAGUGUGUGAGAUCACGGAAAAGUGUCGGGAGACCUGGGAUAGCACAUGAAUGUGUAAAGAAUAGCAGGGUAAAUAGAUUUAGAUAUAUCUGUCUGUCUGUCUGUCUGUCUGUCUGUCUGUCUUAGUUGGCUUUUAUUUUAUUCUGUGAGUUAUGUAAACAUGAUAGCAAGAGUAGGUUCAUUCUCCUAAUUAUUCAAUGAACAAAUGAACCAUUUCUUCCCUCAGUGCUCAACAGGUGGGUUUUUUGACAGAUCUUAUUGUAUAAACAUUGCGUAACAGCGGUCAUUUCAGAAUCGCACCAAACUCUUGACACGGUUGUUAGCUAGGAACAUUUUCUCAUCUUCCAUGCAUCUGAUGCUUCAAGAGAUUUUUAUGGAAUAUCAAAACAAAAAUGAAAUUUUUAAGUUUGGGUCAAUUUAGAGGACAGCAGCAUACACCCCAUGCCUUACAAAACUGUAGAUGGGGUGGGGGGUAUUGGGCGGGACCAUAACCAAAGUCUGUGUUUGUCCUUAUAUUCCAUAUAAUACAUUACAGAACCUGUCAGGAUGUUUGCUUGUAGGUAAUUUCCCAAGGUGAGGUUGAUCAAAUUUUCUUUAUUUAAUGCAAGAAACAUGUUUCCAUUGAAUUGACAAUUUGAAUAUUAAAGUUCCUUCUGUAGGUUGGCAAGUGUUUGUAUCAAUCUAAUGCUGGAGUUAAGUUUUUCAAGCUGUUUUGUUUUUAUUUUGUUUGUUUGGUGCACUUUUUCAUAAAUUUAAUUGGUUGUGCAGACAUAAUUAGUUGUUACAAAACAGUGCCAUACAUAUUUGUUUACUUGUGUUUUAUGUUUGUUUUGUUUGUUUGUUGAAAAUAUACACAUAUUUGACAAUUUUUUCCUCAUUUUUUUUAAAAUAAGUUGUUAGUUCAUUUUAUUGAAAAAGUGUCAUAUCUCUCCAUGAAUGUAUGAGAAUCAUUUUAUACCUGUAUCACAAUAACAUAGACUACUGAUCCGUGUAGAGGACGGUAAGCAUUCAGCACCAGGGUCCAAUAUUUAAAACUGGGUUAGUUUAUAAAGUUCUUUUCAAAAGUUCAAACACAAUUUCAAAACUGUUUUGUAAUUUUCUCUUCUAAAAUCUGCCUUUUUUGGUUUUCAAAAAAUGAAAGCUUGAUGUCAAUAACAUAUAAAGAUAUAAAGAAAAUGUCCUUUUUUCACUUAAUCACAAGAUAAUGAAAUCGCAAUUAGUAGAAUGCAAAACAUUUGUUCUGAUGCUAAAAAUACCACAUACUUACGUGAAAACAUAAGCAUGAGGAAAAUUCAAAUGUGGAAAUUGAUGUUAAGUGAAUUUGCAAAAUUUUAUAUUGCGUAAAUAACCAAAUAGGUAUCCAGUAGGUGUAUUCUGAGACAUUUUUGCGGAUAUGUGUCUUCUGAACAUUUGUGUUAACUCCUUGGUAAGGUAAUGAAGUUUUAAAGAUCGGAACCCUGGUUUGUACCAAGUACAAACAUACAUCAAUGUCCCCAUAAGCUACUCCUUUCAUCCCCACAAAUCACAAUAGACUGGUGCCAUUAACUGUACAGGAAGAAUCCAUUUAACUAUGUGGGGUUGAAUGGGGCCAAUAUAUUUGUUGUGAAGUGUGUAACAAAAAAUAAAGAGAUUCUUUGUGAUUUUUUUUUUGGAUUUGAAAAAUCUUAUGUGUGAAACAUUAAUGACUUGUCGUCAUUUUCUUAAAUAUAUUGUUAUCAUAUAAACAGCAUUGAUUACCAACUUGUUCAUGUAGUGUCACUGUUUUUGUCUUGGUUGUCGAUAUAUUUCACCAAUAUUUAUUAUUGAAUGUUUUUAUCAGGAUACUACAUGUACAAACAUUGUCAACAAAUCUCAAGAAAAGCUUUUCCUUUGUAAACAUGACCUUUAUUUUUGAAGGUCAAACGGUGUUGAAUAAGACUUUUUGUGUAUUCGAGUUACAUACUCUGUCAAAAUUGAAUUACAGACUGAAUGAAUUUUGAAGCGAAAGAGUUUUUUUUCUGAUGUUAUGAUUGGUCAGUUUGUUUUAAGUGGUCAGUGCAUAUUGUAUCGGUCAACUUGUUAUAAGUGGGUCGGUGCAUAUUGUAUCGGUCAAUUUGUUAUAAGUGGGUCGGUGCAUAUUGUAUCGGUCAACUUGUUAUGAGUGGGUUGGUGCAUAUUGUAUCGGUCAACUUGUUAUAAGUGGGUCAGUGCCUAUUGUAUCGGUCAACUUGUUAAAAGGGGGUCGGUGCAUAUUGUAUCGGUCAACUUGUUAUGAGUGGGUUGGGGCAUAUUGUAUCGGUCAACUUGUUAUAAGGGGGUCAGUGCCUAUUGUAGCGGUCAACUUGUUAAAAGGGGGUCGGUGCAUAUUGUAUCCGUCAACUUGUUAUGAGUGGGUUGGUGCAUAUUGUAUCGGUCGACUUGUUAUAAGUGGGUCGGUGCAUAUUGUAUCGGUCAACUUGUUAUAAGUGGGUCGGUGCAUAUUGUAUUGACCUGCUUUUUAUAGGUAGUGGCCAGUACACAUUGUAAUGGUGACCGUCUGAACUUUUUAAGUUGUCUUUCUGUUAGCUGUGUGUUUGAUAUGUUGUCAUUUAAAGUCAUAAACUCAUACAUACGGAGACAAAGACAUAAUAGAAACUGAGAUGUGUACAGAUUUUAUGGACAUAAUAAACCAAAUAUAAAGU